AUGGUUUUUUAUAGGGUUUCUUCUGUUUUAAGUUUAAGAAUGACUUUUGGCGGUAUUUUGAUUUCUUUAGUAAGAUUAAAUAUGCUGGGGCUUUGAGUGGGAAUUGAAAUAAAUUUUCUAGGGGCUAUUUGUUAUAUAAGUGGUGUUAGUUUAGAUGAAGGUGAGAGGAUAAUGAAAUACUUUGUGGUUCAAGUAAUGGGAUCUUGUUUUAUAGUGCUGGGGUUAUUAAUAAUAGUUAAUUUUUGUUUAGAGAGUUUUGUUCUUAAAUUAAUUAUUGUUGGGACUUUGUUAAAAUUAGGAGUUUUUCCGUUUCAUUUCUGGGUUGCAUCGGUAAUAAGGGGGCUUUCAUGGUCUGGGUGUUUCGUAGUUUCAGUGUUGCAGAAAUUUGUUCCUUUGUGACUAUUAAGAAAUUUAUGUCUAGUUAAAGAAGAGUUGAGUGUUUUGGAAAUUUUAGCGUCUUUAACGAGUGCGGUGGGUUGCUUAGGGGGUUUAGGGGUUUUGAGAUAUCGAGUGUUACUUGCUUAUUCUUCCUUAGUUAAUUUAGGUAUUUUAGUAAUUCUUUGUUGUGUUAGGUUGAGGGUGUUUUGGUUUUAUAUGGGUUUUUAUUUAUUAUUGAAUUUAUUUUUAAUGGUAAGGUUGUCAAAAUUAAAAAUUUAUUUUUUCUUGGAUCUUGUGAAAGAAAAAAGGAUAAGUUAUUUUAGUUGAGUAUGGUGAACGUCUUUGUAUUUUUUUUCUUUAGCUGGUUUGCCACCUUUUUCUGGUUGUGUACUAAAAGUUUAUUUUUUACUAAAUUGUUGAAACUGUUUCCCUGUUGGUUGUAUAAUUUGUAUUUUUAGAUCUGUGGUUAGCUUAUAUUUUUAUUUGAGAGUAAUCUUGGGUUUCAUUAUUUUCUGGGGAAAGAGAUUAUCUAAUGUAACAGCAAAAAAUAGAAUAGAUAUGUUAUUAAUUGUAAAUUUGAGAAUUUUUGUAAAUAUUGUUUUAGGUUUUAUAUUAUUCUUGUGGCAAGGGGUGUAA